AUGGUUGCCCAGCUCAGCGAGAUGAACCUGAAGUCCAAGUUCACAUUCAUCGAUGUCGAGGAGCACGUGCCAGCGGUGAGGCGUUCCGCCAGCAUGCCAGGAAAUUUGUCGGGGCUGCAGAGUUCUUCGCGCGUGUUCGAGGCCUUCGAGGACGAGUACCUGGCAGGCUUGCUGCGUGAGGCGAGCAUUUCCCUCGUUGCCUUCGAGGCGGAGAGCACUGAAAGCGCCGAGAGCACUGAGAGCUCAAGGGACGCAGCGCUUACUCUCGCCGAGGAGGCCCCAAAAACCCUCGAGGCCGCCGAAGAGGCUUUCUCGGAUGAAGAUGUGGCUGGAAGCCUUGGUCACCCGCACUUCUGCCGGCGUCCGUGUCUCUUGCUUGCUUGGGGACACUGCCCGCAUGGAAUGGCGUGCAAGUACUGUCACCACUUCCAUGGUCCGAAGCAGCAUGCCAUCUCGAAGCACAAUCGCGAGAAGCUCAGCCGCAAGAGCGCGCACUCUAUGUUGCUCUUGCUUCGCGGUAGCCUGCGGCAAAAGAUGGAGCAAGUUCCCGAGCUUGCUUUACAAAUCCGCGGGCUCUUGGACAUGAUCGAGGGUGAGCUGCACAACUACAUCCCAGAGGCCGGGGACUCCGAACCCACCAUCGGCACCCGGCUUCAGGACAAGGUCGCUGCAAUGUCGGUGGCGUCCAUGCUCGGAAACAUGUUCACGCAGCGUUUCGAGCCAGCCUUCCGCGCUCGACUGCAGGGUGAGCUUCAGCGCCUUCGAAGGCAAAGCGCUGGGCCGCCUGACAGCAGAGCCUGA